AUUUAAAAGACAACAUAAGGACAGACUACUACAUAGCCACAAAUCCAGAGGCUACGCACUUAGCUAUGGACGUUUGGUUGAUAAGCGCUCUGCCCUUCAUCAUUCCACUUGUUUGAUAUUGGAAAGGAGAACACGAGCGAGUCCUUUCUAUUGAUAUAUAAUCUAUAAUUGGUUUGCGUCUUGGAGGUUAUUUUAGACUACAGUACAUAAUUUCCAAAGCCAGUCCUCGCAUAGUGCAAAAAUGCUACUUCCACUUACAUUCAUUCUGUUUUUCAAUUUAAGUUGGGGUCUUCCAAUUGACACGGUCAUUCUGUUCCAGCGGUCGGGAGUGGUCGGCGAGAUGGAGACCGUCGAGCAGGUCUUGGUCAACGGAGCACCUCCCUCCAGCAGCGGGAAAAACGUCAGUGGCAUUCUCCGUGCUGUAUUGAUGGGCAACUACGAGUCUUUUCACCAGGCGUUCGAGAUCGAAGAAAAUGUCACCAACACCAUGACAAAAAAACCUACUUACCAGUACCUGCGUGUGCGUGAAUGCAAACUGAAUGGAUUUCGAGUGGUGCAUUCGACCGACCAGCUCCUUGUCAAUGAGAAUGACUUCCUGACUUUGGACCAAUCCACAGACACCUGGACAGCUGAGGUACCACAGGCCCUCUCACUCAAACAGCUUUGGGACUGGGACACUGAGUUCACGAGGAGGGAGAAGAUGCAACUCCAUGAGAUCUGUACCGAACUGAUGAAGGAGCUCAGACAAUCCGAGCCCACCACCAAUAGAGGAACGUCCCUGCUGACUGUCCUGGCUCCACUGUUUGCAUGCCUGACCUUUGUUGUCAUGGUUAUUGCAAGCUUCCUCAUCUCUAAACAACAAGAUCCCAGAGUUUCCAGACACCCCGGAGGUGUACUUGGCUCCAUUGUCCACUACUAUCAGAAUGUCACAGAAACACAAUCAGGAAAAGACUACCAAGGCCCUCUAAAACUCAACCCACCUCCGCUCAUCCACCUCUGAUGACUGCUCUGUGAAGGGAGUAGUACACAGCGUUGUACGAGAUCUUCAGUUUCUUGGCAAUUUCUCACAUGGAAUAGCCUUCAUUUCUCAGAACAAGAAUAAAGUGUUUCUGGCCAUUUUGAGCCUGUAAUCGAAUUUAAAAUGCUGAUGCUCCAGAUACUCAGCCAGACUAAAGAAGGCCAGUUCUAUUGCAUCUUUAAUAAGCACAACAGUUUUCAGCUGUGCUAACAUAAUUGCAAAAGGGUUUUCUAAUGAUAAAUUAGCCUUUUAAAAUGAUGAAUUUUGAUUAGCUAACACAACGUGCCAUUGGAACACAGGAGUAAUGGUUGCUGAUAAUGGUCCUCUGUGUGCCUAUGUAGAUAUUCCAUUAAAAAACAAUAGUCAUUUACAACAUUAAGAAUGUCUACACUGCAUUUCUGAUCAAUUUGAUGUUAUUUUAAGGGACAAAAGAAAAAGCAAAUUUAUCAAAAACAAGGAUAUUUCUUAAGUGGCCCCAAACUUUUGUACCCUUGUCCGUCCAACUCUCUGGUCCCCCUUUCUCCCUGGGCCUUCUUCCAACAGGCCCCAUACCUAUAGACCCAGGAGGAUUGUAGCCUACCAAAUAUUUAUAAUAUGAAAGGAACUGUGACAUUCCAAUUUGUAUAACUUACUGUUGUGUGUGUGAAUUGAACUCCUGAAGUAGUUCCUAGUUAACCACAAGAAAAUAAUAUGAAGACAGUUUUAUGCACUUUAUGAUUGUGUAUUUCCUCACCUUUGUAUUUCCUCACUUAUCUACCAGUGCCUAUGCCUUUCAGGCUUUGCUUUUCAGCCUAUGUCAAAACAGACAGAGUAACACGCAUGAACACACACAGACACACUGUGUUCACGCUCGAUAGCUCAAAACUACUGUAACUGGGUCUCCCGGGUAGGGAAAUCCUUGUCUCAUAGCUCACCAGCGUCUCCAGUGGCGGGCCGGGCGCAGUGCACGCUAGCCAGGUGAAACGAUGUGAAAAGUUUUCACUUUGGUCCAUCUGUUUUGAAUAAAUGUUAUUUUGAUCCAGUUACACAUUCUGGGUGGAAUACGGUAAAAUAAAUGUGUACAGUGAGGAAAUGUGUUCACUUUGUGCACUUUUGUGUAUAUAAAGCUACUGUAUUAUGAUUUGAGGGGACAGAAUUGUACAUUGAACCGGAUAUGUAUGAAUGAUUUUUAUCACUUGUUAAUCACUUUACUUUGUAUGUUUGUCACUUUAUUAAAGCUAUUUAAAUGCAA